CUUGCAAGUACGGAUAAAUUACCCUGAGCCUCCUCGUCGCGAACCAUUCCGUCGACACUUGCGUCCAUUAUACUUUUGCGACGCUAUUUCUCUCUCCCUCCUUAAAUUCUCUACGAUCAGUACAGACAAAACAAUAACAACUUAAUAAACUCUAUUCGGAUAAACCGCCAAAACCUCUGUUUUUAUGGCAGACCCGACCUCUGAUGUGCCUGCGGGACCGCCGCCACCCAAAGUUCCUGAAGGUUGGAUAGCGAAAUGGAACGACCAGUACAAGGAAUGGUACUACGUCAACAUCCACACAAAAAAGUCGCAAUGGGACAAGCCCGAUGCGCCCGCGGUGCCGCCGCCACCACCAACUGGCGACGGCGCGCCUGACGGCCCUCCCCCGUCAUACCAAGCUUCAGCAUCAUCGGCAACAGCGACUCCCACCGACGUCAAGAAGAACCCGUACGAGACCGAGCCGGCCGCUUCACCAAAUCCAGCCGGCGUCGGCGGCAGCAGCAGCGGCCCGGCACCACCACCGGUGAACAGCCCUAGGCCGGGCGACCCGCCGGUUAGCGACGACGCCAAGCUGGCCGCGCAGAUGCAGGCCGAGGAAGACGCGCGCGCUCGCGGCAGCGGCGGCAACCCCAACUACGGCGGAGGUUCCCCAGCACCGGGCCAGGGCUUCCCGAACCAGCUCCCCGCGCGCCAGGAGAGGUCCAAGAGUGGCAUCUUGGGCAAGCUCUUUGGCAAGGGCAAGCAGUCGCAGACGGCGCAUUACGGCGCGGGCCCUCUCCCGCAGCAGCAGUACCAACAGCCGCAACAUCAGCAGGGCUACCCCGGCGCCGGCUAUCAGCAGGGCGCACCAUAUUCGCCGCAGCCCGGAUACGGCGGCGGCUACCAGCAGGGCGCACCAUAUUCGCCGCAGCCCGGAUACGGCGGCGGCUACCAGCAGCCCGGGUAUGGACCCCCACCCGGACCCUACGGUCAGCCGGGCUACGGGCCCCAGCCUGGCUACGGUCACCCUCCAUACGGUCAGCCCGGGUACGGCGGGUACCCGCCGCAGGCUGGGUAUGGGCCGGGAAUGGCGCAACAGGGGCGUGGCGGGCGCGGCGGCAUGGGCAUGGGUAUGCCCCUGGCUCUUGGUGCCGGUGCUGGUCUGCUAGGUGGUACCAUGCUAGCUGGUGCCAUGCACAGCGGACAGCAGGACGCCUACCAGGAGGGUUACCAAGAUGGCGCAGAGGGUGAUUAUGGUGGAGGUGGCGAUGAUUUUGGAGGUGGUGACUUUGGUGGCGACUUUUAAAGAAUGAGCUGGCGGGCUGUGCACGAGAACCUACUGUCUUUUAUUCAUUAAUUCUUUGUUUCCUGUGACGCUGGGUUUUUGAGACUCGUACAUACAGUUUCCGUACGAAUGAAAUGACCUCACUUUGAUAUCACCUAACCGACUACCUACGGUAGUCCAAUGUGCGACAAUAUUUAUCGUCUUUGUUAGUCUUGUAGUAUAUGCAAUAUUUCCCAGACUGUGCACUGUACCUAACUUAAAUCGUCAUUAUAUUCGGCCG